UGUUUCCAGAUUUGAAAAUGACGGGACUGCCCUCAAAUUUUGGAGGACCUGGAAUGAAAAUGUCUGAGUAUUACAAUGAUGACGAAGAGGAAGAUGAGGAGAUGGCCAACCAGAAUAAGAAUAACAGAGUCGCAUUCCAUGGGAAUGAGAAAACAAUGAAUAUGAAUCCUCUGAUUCUCGCAAAUGUGACCAAUUCUCCGUAUUUCAAGGUUGAUUUGUUCGCCAUGAAAACGUUCCAUGAGGUGGUUGACGAAAUCUACUACAAGGUUGAUCACUUGGAACCCUGGGAACGGGGAACUAGGAAAACUGCUGGAAUGAGUCAGACUGGUAUGUGUGGUGGAGUGAGGGGAGUGUCUGCUGGAGGUGUAGUUUCAUCAGCUUUCUGUCUUCUCUUCAAGCUUCACUGUAUCAAGCUCACGAAAAAGCAGGCCUACGCACUGCUCAACCAUUGUGAUUCUCCCUACAUUAGAGCUUUAGGUUUUAUGUAUCUCAGAUUCACCCUUCCCCCCGCUGAAAUGUGGCAUUGGUUUGAGCCAUAUAUAGAUGACCAAGAGGAGAUUGAUAUCAAGGCAGGAGGAGGAAAACCUAUGACCAUGGGGGAGUUCUGUAGGAUGAUUCUUACCAGAUUGGAAUGGUUCGAGACAAGGUUUCCCAGAAUAGCAGUUACUGCAGAGAAACAGAUUCGUGCUGCCCUGGACGAGAGGUUCAAGGCACAGCGUGUUCAGCAGGUUGAGGAUCGUAAGUCACGUGGCGAAUCGGAGCGAAGGAUGGAUGACCGGGGAUCCCGUGGUGGAUCAGAGCGUAUAGAUGACCGGAAGUCCCGUGACCGAUCAUCACGUGACCGGUCUGAAAGAUCCCAGUCUAAGAGGGAGAAGUCUAAGAGUGUGGAGAAGGUGAAGAAAAGAAGUAGGAGCAGGAGCAGGGAUAAAAGGUCCAAGGACCGCAAGCGAUCUCGAUCAAAGGAAAAGAAGAGAUCUAGAUCUAGAUCAAGAGAGAAGAAAUCCAAGAAAGACAAGAAACACAAGAGAAGUAGAAGCCGUAGUAGGGACAAGAAGAGAAGAAGUAGAGACAGGAGUAGGAGUAGAGGGAGGAGGGGAAACAGCUAUGAAGAUGAAUUGAGAAAAUACAAAGAACUGAAGAAAUCCAGAAAGUCCCGGAGCAGAUCCAAAGACCGAAGAUAGUGAUCAAUAAAUCGAUCAAUUGUCCUGAUCGCCUGAUGUCUGAUACCUCGAUCAUCCUGCACUGAUCUUUCAAGAAAUUGUGAAUUUUGUUGUCCUAACUCUUAAGUUGAUCAGAAUGACAAAAUACUGAUCAAUUUAUUUAGUUUUAUGAAAUUCAGCAACAUGUGUUUAAACAAUUUUCAGACGCAUCAUUAUUCUCAAAAAUUCACUAUAACAUUUUUUCAAAUAAACAUUGACAACUUC